AAAAAACCCCAUAGAUAUCCAACAGAACAAAGAAAAAUAUAUGUCUCUCUGACUUAGCUGUCUUUUGAUUGCUUUGCUUGCUUCCCCUCAACAACUUACUAAGAAAAACUAAAACCCAGAAAAAAGAAGUAAGGAGUCUUUUGAUUCCCUUCUGUAAACAAAUUCCAGUUCUUUUUUCUGUUUAUUUUCUUGGGUUUUCUUCAUUUUAGCUUUUCAGCCACCUUCUGUUUUAUAAAAGGAGAAUUUAGUUAGUUGUUACAUUGGUUUGCGUUUACAUUGGAUAACCAUUUUUAGCUUUGGACCUUUGACUUUUGUGGUCUAUAUCUGCUAUAAAAGAUUCUGUUUAGAUUUGAUGCUUCAAGUGAUUUGUUUUCUCCUGAGACAGAAAGAAAUUUAACACUGAAGUUCAUUUAAGACGGACUAGUUUUGAUUAAAAAACAUGUCUUUACUUAGAAGAAGAAAGCCUCCCAUCAAUGAAUCCGACAAAACCUCGGAAGCUUCAGAUUCGAAACCCCAAAAGGAAAGAGAAGAAGAAGAAGAAGAAGAAGAAGAAGAUGGCAACGGUAAGGAUAAAAACAAGAAAAAAAUCCCAUCGAAGAUCAAGAAGCAUGAAGAGAAACGACCCAAGUGGUCGUGUCUGGACACGUGCUGUUGGUUUAUUGGUUGCAUAUGUGUAUCGUGGUGGCUUCUGUUAUUUCUUUACAAUGCAAUGCCAGCUUCAUUUCCUCAGUACGUAACGGAGGCUAUAACGGGGCCGUUACCGGACCCGCCUGGUGUGAAACUACUGAAAGAAGGUUUAAAGGCUAAGCAUCCGGUGGUGUUUGUGCCUGGGAUUGUGACUGGUGGGCUUGAGCUGUGGGAAGGGCGGAAAUGUGCGGAAGGGUUGUUUAGGAAAAGACUGUGGGGUGGCACUUUUGGUGAAGUGUACAAAAGACCUCUAUGCUGGGUGGAGCACAUGUCAUUGGAUAAUGAAACUGGAUUGGAUCCUUGUGGUAUAAGAGUAAGGCCUGUCUCUGGACUUGUGGCUGCAGAUUACUUUGCUCCAGGCUAUUUUGUGUGGGCAAUUCUGAUUGCUAGCUUGGCACAUAUUGGAUAUGAGGAGAAAACCAUGUAUAUGGCUGCCUAUGAUUGGAGACUUUCAUUUCAAAACACUGAGGUACGUGACCAAACACUGAGCCAAAUUAAGAGUAAUAUAGAACUGAUGGUAGCUACAAAUGGAGGCAAAAAGGCUGUUGUCAUUCCACAUUCCAUGGGUGUUCUGUAUUUCCUACAUUUCAUGAAGUGGGUUGAGGCGCCAGCUCCAAUGGGUGGUGGGGGUGGAGCAGAUUGGUGUUCUAAGCAUAUUAAAGCUGUGGUUAAUAUUGGUGGGCCAUUUCUGGGUGUUCCGAAAGCCAUUGCUGGGCUUUUCUCUGCUGAAGCAAAGGAUAUUGCAGUUGCCAGGGCUAUUGCACCUGGUUUUUUGGAUAAUGAUAUAUUUCAGCUUCAAACAUUGCAACAUGUUAUGAGGAUGAGCCGCAGUUGGGAUUCAACCAUGUCAAUGAUACCAAGAGGUGGGGACACAAUAUGGGGUGGUCUAGACUGGUCACCAGAGGAAGGCUAUUCUUGUAGCAAAAAGGGAGAAAGGAAGAAUGACACACAGAUUGCAGAUCAAACUGGUGCUGCAAGUGCAGUUUCUCAAACAAGAAGUGCAAAUUAUGGAAGGAUAAUAUCCUUUGGAAAAGAUGUUGCUGAGGCACCUUCAUCAGAUGUUGGGCGAAUAGACUUCAGGGGUGCGGUUAAGGGUCAUAGUGCUGCAAACACAACUUGUCAAGAUGUGUGGACUGAGUACCAUGACAUGGGAUUUGGAGGUAUAAGAGCUGUUGCAGAGUAUAAAACUUACACUGCUGAAUCAAUUAUUGAUCUGCUUCAUUUUGUUGCUCCAAAAAUGAUGGCACGUGGUACUGCUCAUUUCUCCUUUGGUAUUGCUGACAAUUUGGAUGACCCUAAGUACAAACACUACAAGUAUUGGUCAAACCCAUUGGAAACAACGUUGCCAAAUGCUCCUGAGAUGGAAAUCUUUUCUUUAUACGGAGUUGGCCUACCAACUGAAAGAGCAUACAUUUACAAGUUAUCUCCUUCUGCUGAGUGUUAUAUUCCUUUUCAGAUCGACACAUCUGCUGAUGAUGAAGAUACCUGCUUGAAGGAUGGUGUGUAUUCUGUGGAUGGAGAUGAGACUGUGCCAGUUCUAAGUGCUGGUUUUAUGUGUGCUAAAGGUUGGCGUGGUAAAACCCGAUUUAAUCCUUCUGGAAUUCAAACAUAUAUUAGGGAAUACAGUCAUUCUCCUCCAGCCAACCUAUUGGAGGGACGCGGCACCCUCAGUGGUGCUCAUGUUGAUAUAAUGGGAAAUUUUGCAUUAAUUGAGGAUGUUAUAAGGGUUGCAGCUGGCGCUUCAGGAGAAGAAUUGGGAGGGGAUCAAGUUUAUUCUAAUAUCUUUAACUGGUCUGAGAAGAUCAACUUGCAAUUAUAACCUGCAGUGGCGCAGGAGAUUGUGAUUCCAAUAUAUUGUCCAGGUGGUGCGGUGAAAUGGCUGCUUUUUACUUGUGUAUUUUUUGACGAAAUGACAUUAUGAUGAUUAUCAUGUUCCUUUUAUGUAUUUGAGACGUGAUUGGUUGGUAGUCCCUUAAGUCUGGUUGCUGGUUUGUAUAUCUCAUUCAUUGGAAAGUGCUGCAGCUAUUUAUUCAAACUGUAACAUGAUUUAACAAAUUGUAUUAUUAAUUAAUUAUUUAAAUUUUGUCAGGCUUUUAAAAUGUAGUUUUAAAUUCACAGAGGAUCUUUUUAUUUCUUCAAAAAUGGAACCUUUUACUAGUAGUUUAACUAUUCUGCUGAAUGAUGACUGUAUAUCCUAGCAGGCUCUUUGAUGUGAAUUUGUCAUUAAGUUCACAACAAAAAUGAUAUGUUGUUAAUAAGAUUCUAGUAGGCUCAUCAAAAUCCCAGUCUCAAAAUGGUAAGAUUACAAAAUUCGCAGCAGGUGUCUCGGUUUCUAAUGCUGCAAAAUUUGUGGAAGACUGUUAGUUGCUGUUGCAUGGAAUACGGUAAUACCACUCUUUGAAGGUGUUCCCUGUCUUGCGGCAGAAAGAGAAUUCUUGAUAAGGAAAAGCACCUAAUUUCUUUCACUUUCUAAGUAAUUGCAUUUGCGCCACCAUACUGUUAUGUUGCUGCAGAUAUUGAGAAUUUAAGAACCUCUGAAAUCAAUAGAACAUGCUGGCUUCAUAUUCCAGCAUGCAAUUAGUCAUCAUAGUCACAAGUUACAAACUUUCUGGACUUUAUUGGAUAACCAUGAAAUCCGUUGACCCCCAAAAG